GGAGAGCGCCGGGACAUGGCCGCUGCCCGCUCCUGCCUGCGCGCCGCAGCCGGCGUGGCCCUGCCCGCGGCCACGCGCGGCUGAGCCUCGACCUUGCCUUCUCCUUCCCCUCCCCGCCUGACUCUCCUCCUCUUCCUCCUCCUCCUCCUUCUCCUCCCGCCGCCGCGCCGCUCGGACGCCGCCUGGGCCGGGCCCGGGGGCGGUAGCGCUGAGGAGGGGCCCUUGCUGCCUUGCGGGGGCCGCGGGGUUGGGCGUCCCUGGGGGCCGGGGCCGGUAGCGGGGUGGCGACGGGGGUGUGCGUGUGGUGCUGUGGGGGGAGGAGGCCCUUGCCCGGGGUGGCGGCGUGUGCCCGGUGAGGGGCCGGCUCCGGAGCGGGGGGCUCCUGGUUGUGGAGCGCCGCACCGAGCGCUGGGGGCUGGGAGCUGCUUUUGUACGUGUGGUUUAUUUCAUUCGAGGGGAUCCUAGUGCGGUGCUUCAGACGGCUGCAUUUGCUGUUAGCAAUAGCUGUGGGGGUUUUUUGAGGGCUGGGUGUACUUGAUUUAUAUUUUGGGGGGUUGUUUGUGUGUUGGUUUUUUUGCUUUUUUCGCGCUUUUUUUUUUUUUUUUAUAUAUAUAUUAUUAUUUUUUCCAUAAGGACGCCUUCAGGUUUUGAAGAGCUGGACUGCCCUUGCUGAACUGUUGCUCCUCCAAGGUUGUUGUUCGCAUUGUGGGAGGACAGCCUGGCGGGAAGGUGUGAAGGUUGCGUGUCAGGAGGGCUCUGGGUCUCUUGGCUUUGACUUUUUUUUCCCGCGUAGGUUAGUGUUUUUUCUCCGGUGUCUCUGAUGCCAGAACAAGGCCCCAGAAUGAACGGUUUCUCUCUGGGCGAGCUCUGCUGGCUGUUCUGCUGCCCGCCUUGCCCCAGCCGCAUCGCUGCCAAGUUGGCCUUCCUGCCCCCGGAGCCCACCUACACCGUGCUGCAGCCCGAGCAGCAGCAGCAGCAGCAGCAGCAGGAGGCCGGGGCGGCAGCCGGGGCUGGGACCCCGACGGGAUCAGGCACCUGCAGCCUGCACUUGAGCGAGCGGGCCGACUGGCAGUAUUCCCAGCGGGAACUGGAUGCCGUGGAAGUGUUCUUCUCCCGCACGGCUCGGGAUAACAGGCUGGGCUGCAUGUUCGUACGUUGUGCCCCCACUGGCCGGUACACGCUGCUCUUCUCGCAUGGUAAUGCUGUGGACCUGGGCCAGAUGUGCAGCUUCUACAUUGGCCUUGGCUCCCGCAUCAACUGCAACGUCUUCUCCUAUGACUACUCUGGCUACGGGGUGAGCACCGGCAAGCCCUCUGAGAAAAACCUGUACGCAGACAUUGAUGCAGCCUGGCAGGCCCUCAGGACAAGGUAUGGUGUUAGUCCUGAGAACAUUAUUCUGUAUGGUCAGAGCAUUGGUACUGUCCCUACAGUAGACCUGGCAUCUCGGUACGAGUGUGCAGCAGUCAUCCUUCAUUCUCCCUUGAUGUCUGGAUUACGGGUAGCUUUUCCUGACACCAGGAAAACCUAUUGCUUUGAUGCUUUUCCAAGCAUUGACAAGAUCUCUAAGGUGACCUCUCCUGUGCUGGUAAUCCAUGGUACUGAAGAUGAGGUAAUCGAUUUCUCCCACGGCCUGGCCAUGUACGAGCGAUGUCCACGAGCAGUAGAGCCCCUCUGGGUGGAAGGGGCUGGGCAUAAUGACAUAGAGCUUUAUGCACAGUACUUAGAGAGACUAAAACAGUUCAUAUCUCAUGAACUUCCCAACUCCUGAAGAAGCCUACCUGAUUUUACCUCAGUUACUGUGAACGGAAGAAAUUACCUGGUUUUGCACAUGCUUUAACUGGAUAGCUGUAAUAGCUUUAUACUAUGAAGAAAUACCCUGUCAUUGGGGUGUUCUAAUCAAACAUCUGAUGAAAUUUGUCUUUUGUAUCUGGAAAUUAUUCUACUAAUGCACACAGAUAUGGUCAACUACUGUAAUUCCAGCAAUUUCUAGCUUCGUUGCCCUGAAGGAAGUGGGAAUACUAGCUGCUUAUGGGGACACUUUUUACCUAGUGCUGUAUUAAUCGAAGAUCAGUUCUAUCUGUCUCACUUCAGAUCAUUUAUAAUUCUGUCCUACAAAGACUCAGUGUUCUCAGUGUGGAGAACACAUCUGUUAUGAGCUACAGCUUGUUCUGAACAAUCAGUCAUGGGUUCAAUCUGAGAGAGUCCUUUCUCUGUAAAAGUUUCUAGCUGUGGUAUUGUAACUGGAAAGUUAUUGUGAUGAAGUUCCCCCUCCUCCCUUUUAGUGUUCUUUUGUUAACUUACUGAUCUUCCUGAGUAAAUUAUUUAAAUACACUUUUUCCUGGAAGUAAACAAACUACUAUAUGGGGCUAAACUCUGUAACAACUUCUCCAUUACCUGUAUGAACAUAACUGGAAUAUUCUUAAAGAAACUAGGGACAAAAUUGCUUUUGUUUAAAAAUAAAUGUGUAAAUUUACUACUAGAAAACUCAUUUUAAUAUUCAGAUGGUCUGAAUAAUAGCCAUAACAGACAUUUCCUUCUGUAAAGCAUUCCUGUAGAAUUUUUAAAAGUACUGUACAUAUUCGAAUUUACAUUGUGCAUAGAUUCUUAAUUGGUAGUUUUAAUUUAAGUCUAGUUACAAUAAACUGCAAAAUUCUGGUUUGUAUAUGAUUGAAUACAUUUUGUUAAAAUAUGUUUUUAUCCCUAUAUUAUUUUGCUAUUAAAGUUUUAUAAAGUUUCCAGGACAAAAAAAAAAUUUACACAUUUAUGUUUUGAUGAAUUUAUGUAACUAAAUUUUCAUUGAGAUGAUCUUUUUAGUUUAGAAGUAAUUUGAUUCUUUGACACUGGAAUCGCACAGAUUAUGCAUCAGAAAUGCAAGACACUUAAAAAUUGUUACACUACUAGCAUAGGUCUAAUUUUUCCAAAUUUAAAGGCCUUAAAUGUACUGUAAGCCUCAGAUUGUUGUAUAAAUUGAUCGCGAUUGAUUGCAGUUUGUGUCCUGUUGCUAGAAUGCAACACAGUGAUUGUAAUGGAAUAAAGGAUGCAUGGAUUAGAG